AUGCGUUCCAUUCUCUUCCUGUCUCUCAGCGCUCUUGCGACCCUCGCAGCUGCUGCUUCCAAGGCCAACCCCUUCAACAUCCCCAACAACGGCUACCAGUUCUCUGCCGGUGAGUCCACGGCUCUGACCUGGACUCCCACCACCAAGGGAACUGUUACUCUGAUGCUUCAAUGGGGUUCUGUCUUCACCUCCGGCUCUGGCAGCACCAUUGUCUCGAGCAUCCCUAACUCGGGAUCUUACACGUGGUCUGUCCCUUCGGAUAUUGCUGCUCGCCCUGAUUACACCGUCGAGAUCAUUUCCGACGAUGACCCCACCCAGUCUAACUACCUGAACCGUUUCACCAUUGCUGGCGCUACUGGCAUCGCAACCUCUUCGACUGCGACUGCGACUGCGACCGCUACCAAGACCAAGACCGCCUCGACCACUGCCACCGACUCUACUACCACUGGGACUGCCACCGAGUCUACUACCACUGGAACUGCCACCACCAUGACCACCCAGACCUCGAGCUCCUCUUCGACCUCCACCAGCUCUUCUUCGAGCUCCACUUCCGAUUCCACGAAAACCACUGCUUCCAGCACCUCCACCUCUCCGCCUACCUCGGUCCCCAAUUCGAAUGGCGGCGUCAUCAACCGGAUCUCCGGUGGCAUGAUGGCCCUCAUUCUGGGUGUCAUUGCUGUUGUGUAA